UCCGGGCUGGACUACUUCGGGCCACUCCUGGUGACGGUCGGGAGGCGGAAGGAGAAGCGCUGGGUGGCGCUGUUCACCUGUCUUACGACGCGAGCUAUACACUUGGAGCUGGCGCACGACCUAUCUACAGAUUCGUGUAUCAUUGUUAUACGAAACUUCACCUGUCGUCGUGGCCCAGUGUUGAGACUGCGCAGCGACAAUGGGAGGAACUUCAUCGGAGCUGACAGAGAAGCCAGGAAGUUCGCAGAAGUUUUUGAGCCAGAGAGGAUUCUGGACGAAUUGUCAUCCAAGGGCAUCGAAUGGAUUUUUAACUGCCUUUCCAACCCAGCCGCAGGCGGCGCCUGGGAGAGAAUGGUGCAGUGUGUGAAGAUUGUGCUUCGCCACACGCUUAAGGAGCUGGCUCCAAAGGAACACGUACUGGAGAGCUUCCUAAUCGAGGCGGAAAAUGUGGUCAACUCACGCCCCUUGACUCAUCUGCCGAUUGCAGCUGACCAGGAGGCGCCGUUGACACCAAACGACCUGCUGCGGGGAGUAGCGAACCUGCCGGACACGCCAGCCGACUACGGGCGGUCGUUUAUGUGCCCUACGAGGAAGCAGUGGCGCGUCGCCAGAAUGAUGCGAGACAGGUUCUGGAAGCGAUGGGUCAACGAGUACUUGCCGACCCUCGUAAGGCGUGAGAAGUGGUGCGAACACGCAGAGCCAAUACGUCAUGGAGACGUGGUCUUCGUGUGCGACCCGGCUGUGCCACGAAGGGAGUGGCGCAGAGGAGUUGUGGAAUCUGUGCAAGCUGGAGCUGACGGAAUACCCCGACGUGCUGUGGUGCGCGUUGCCAUUGACGGCAAGGUACGACUGUUAAUCCGACCCGCUUCAAAACUGGCAGUUUUGGAUUUGGGUGAUGCAGUCGCAUCACGGAGGAGGGGAUGUCGCGGCACGGAUUAAAUAUCGAGUAGAUUGUUAUCGCUGGAGUCCCGCCGCUAGGAAAUGCGGUAUUUCAGUAUUUUUAGAAGUAUUUGUAACGCGGCAACACUAUUGUAAGUGACUGCGCUUUUUCCCGCACUUUUGUGAGUCGGGUCGGACUGGGCGGUCCAACUGUGAUUAAAACAUGCAUUAUCAAUAAACACGCCGUGUAGACCAACACACGUGUCAUAUCCAAACUACCUAACCCGAGUUUGAAUUUGAUAGUUU